AUGUCUGGAGAUGAAGCUGCACCUGCUGUUGUGCCUCCAGUUGCUGAGGCAGCUGCUGCUGCAAUCCCAGAGGACAUGGAUCUGUUGACCGCAUUGGAGUUGACACUAAGGAAAGCUCGUGCUCACGGUGGUGUGGUUCGUGGUCUCCAUGAAAGCGCUAAGCUUAUUGAGAAGCGUGUUGCUCAGCUCUGUGUCUUAGCUGAAGACUGCAACCAGCCUGAUUACGUCAAGUUGGUCAAAGCUCUUUGUGCUGACCACAACAUCAAUUUGCUUACAGUUCCAAGUGCCAAAACCCUCGGCGAAUGGGCUGGUCUCUGCAAGAUUGAUUCAGAGGGAAAUGCAAGGAAGGUUGUUGGGUGCUCAUGCCUUGUAGUCAAGGAUUACGGUGAGGAGACAACUGCUCUCAACAUCGUCAAGAAGCAUAUUGAAUCUAACUAA